UUUUCUUCUUUUCUUUUCCUCUUGUCCCAGUCGCUUACGCUCGGAAGCGUCUCUGCAACUCUCACAUCAUGCGAGAGCGAGACUGGAUACAAUAGCUUUUUGUUCGCCGGAGGAAAUGCACGCCUGAGAUCUCUCUUCGCCUUUCAGCUUUAGGGAGACAGACCUUUUGGAUUUCCUUUCCUCAAUGGGAAGUGUCUCCUCUGAGGAUGGUUUCGAUCUGCAGAGUGAACGAUUUGAGAGCUAUAGCUUGAGUGCCGACGUUAGUGAGUCUGAGAGUUCGAGUAGUUUCUCCUGUCGACGCUACGAUGCUGAGGGCGCUUCAAGUUCUCUCGCAUCUUCACCUCUCGCCGGACGUCCGUUAAACGUUAAUUCUGGAUAUCCGGCGCUGCCUUUGAUGUUGCCGGUUAUCGGUGGCAAAGAUGUGGUUGUUUGGGAUGAGAAGCCGGAAAAACCGGAGGCAGAUUUGUCUGAAGUUGAGAUGAUGAAGGAGCGGUUCGCUAAGCUUCUGCUAGGAGAAGACAUGUCGGGUGGGGGGAAGGGAGUAUGUACUGCUCUGGCAAUCUCCAAUGCCAUUACUAAUCUAUCUGCUACUGUUUUUGGGGAGCUAUGGAGGCUGGAGCCAUUGGCGCCGCAGAAGAAGGCAAUGUGGUGUAGAGAGAUGGAAUGGCUUUUAUGCGUGAGCGAUUCGAUUGUGGAACUCAUUCCUUCAUUGCAAGAAUUUCCAGGCGGUGGGACCUUCGAGGUCAUGGUGACUCGACCGCGCUCUGAUCUCUAUGUAAACCUCCCAGCCCUGAAGAAGGUUGAUGCUAUGCUACUAAGUAUCCUUGAUGGCUUCCGUGACACUGAGUUUCGGUACGUUGAUCGUGGAAUAAUUGUUGCUGAAGCUGGCGAUGCUGAUGCGUAUAUUGGGAGACCUUCUAUUAGGCAGGAGGAGAAGUGGUGGCUACCCUGCCCCAAGGUUCCCACAGAUGGUUUGUCUGAAGAUGCAAGAAAAAGGCUGCAGCAAUGUAGAGAUUGCACGAAUCAGAUCCUUAAGGCAGCCAUGGCAAUCAAUAGCAGUGUCCUUGCCGAGAUGGAAAUUCCAAAUGCUUACGUGGAGACUUUACCAAAGAGUGGAAAAGCUUGUUUGGGUGAGACCAUCUACCGUUAUAUAACUGCUGACAAGUUCUCCCCAGAAUGUCUCCUUGACUGCUUAGACCUGUCAUCUGAACACCACACGUUGGAGGUAGCAAACAGGAUUGAGGCUGCUGUGCAUGUUUGGAGGAUGAAAGACCAGAAAAAACGUUCAAAUCAUGCAAAAUCUGGCCGGUCAUCAUGGGGUGGAAAGGUCAAGGGCCUUGUCAGGGAUGUGGGAAAGAGUCACAUUUUAGCACAACGAGCUGAGACUCUUUUACAGAGCUUAAGGCUCCGCUAUCCUGGGCUUCCUCAGACUGUUCUAGAUAUGAACAAGAUCCAAUACAACAAGGAUGUGGGGCAGUCAAUCCUUGAGAGCUACUCAAGGGUGAUGGAGAGCUUAGCGUUUAACAUAAUGGCGAGGGUCGAUGAUCUGCUUUAUGUGGAUGAUGCUACAAGGCAAUGUGCUUUAGCAGAGUCAAUGUCUUUGUUUGGACGGGGAGGAUUGGGUGGUCUUCCCAUACAGAAGCGAAUUUCCCCUAGCCCAUUCUCUAUCCAACGAUCGCCUUAUGCAUCUCCAUUUGCAACGCCAACCUACUGUUCCUCCACUCCGGUAGUGGGAAGUCCUGGAAGGGGACAUGCCUCCUUAGGCAAGAACAGUCGCAAAGGGUUGCAGGAUCCAAAGUUUGAGAAAGCUGCAGAUUUAGAUAAAGUAUGGUCAUACGCCGGAAGCCUCAGUAGUAGAAAGGAUGCUGGAGAUGCUCCGGAACGGGAUUGAUGUAAGAUGCUAACCCAACGUCACCAGGUUUGAACCCAAGUGGUUGUAAGGUUGGUUGUCUUUGCUCCUGUAUAUUCUUUAGAACUAGAAAUAACAUAUUCAAAGUUUUGAU